CAUAGGGCGACGUCUCUGACGUUAGGAGUGGCGACAGUUCUCAGUUUUAUUAUUUCCAUUAUUUUUUGUUUUUAGAGACUUACUUUGCCGUUUCAUGAUAAAUUAACAAAGCGCUUUUGUACUUUGCUACCUGCUGCCUAAUACCAUCUGUGUAGUGGAUGGACUAACUUAUAUUUGGACAAAGAGCCGUUUUGCAGGCAUUUUGUGCAGAAACAGCCAUGUUCCACAACAGCUCACAGAGAAAAUACUGGAUUUUUAAAAGUGAAGACGAAGUUGAGCAAAUGAGAUUCAAGGCUAAUCAGACAUUCCGUCACAAGAUAUUUGGAAGUGGGAAGCCUGGGUUGAGUGAGUCCAUAUUCUUGGAGCGCCAUGAGGAAGACGUUUUAUUUAGACACUAUGAGAGAAGGCUGCUCGACUUCUGCAACGCUUUUAAGCCAGUGAUGCCAAAGUCUGUUGUGAGUACAGCCAUCAUGUUCUUCAGAAGAUUCUACCUGAACAACUCCAUUAUGGAGUACCACCCUAGGAUUAUUAUGCUGACGUGUGCGUACCUGGCCUGUAAAGUGGAUGAGUUCAACGUGUCCAGCAGCCAGUUUGUGGGCAACCUUCAGCAUGAGACUCCAGCAGGACAGGAAAGAGUUCUCGAUCAAAUCCUGGAGUAUGAGCUGCUGUUAAUCCAACAGCUCAAUUUCCACCUGGUGGUCCACAGCCCCUACAGACCCCUGGAGGGCCUACUCAUCGACCUCAAGACAAGAUACCCUACGCUGGACAACCCAGAGUCACUGAGGAAGAGUGCUGAUGACUUUCUGACACAGGCAGCCAUGACUGAUGCAGGCCUGUUGUUUCCCCCCUCCCAGAUUGCUCUGACCGCUAUCCUGAACAGCGCUUCAAGAGCCAGUCUCAACAUGGAGAGCUACCUGACUGAAUGCUUGGGACUGAAAGAGGACAAAGAGGCUCUCUCAAAGAUGUACGACUCAAUGAGACGGAUGAAAACCCUUGUCAAGAAGUAUGAGGUUCCCAAACCAGAGGAGGUGAAUAUUUACAAACAAAAGUUGGAGAGGAUCCAUGCAGAGGUUGCCAGUUCAAGCAGCAAACGAAAGAGAGGAUAUGAAGAAGAUGGCCAUGUAGCAAAACAACCCCGUUUGGCAGAAGAGGACUGGACUGAUGAAGACCUGAUAUGAGCUCUAUGUGAAAGUUUUAUUAUACUACUUAAUUCCAAGACUGAAGUGUCAAGGGAAGUGGUCAAGCCUGCUAGUGUAAAUAUUUACUUUUCUACCUGACACUGCAGUCAGUAUUUUGUUUACAUUUGUUCUGGAGUUAGAAUAUAUAUUUUUUUACAUAUUCUCUUCACUAUUCUGUAGAUUAAAACCAGAAUGGUAAAAUAUUCCUUAAAGGUAACCCAUGAUAGUAUAUCAAUACGGUUCCACCUUUGUCAGGGGACAAUGAACAACUCCAUAAUCUACUUUACAAAAACUGUUUAAUAAGUGCAUGCACGUCUGAUACAGUCUGAACUAUUCCAAAAAAUGUACUGCUGUAAACACUUUCAUUUUACUUGGUUUCUCUGAUUAUGUCUCUCAUCUGGCACCGAGAAGUUUCAAAAAAAGACUUUACCAAAUCGUGAAAUAGCUGAUAGUCAGAGGGAAAAAAAAUUUCAGCUCAUCUCACUUAUAUACUCACGAUUCCAGCAAGAGAAUGUAUUCUUAAUAUAAAAUAACCAUACUUUUCUGAAAGACU